GAGCCGUUCGGUGCCGGUGCCGCUACACGGGGCUGUGCCGGUGCCGGUACCCGGGGCGGAGCCGUGUUGUAUUGGCGCCCGUACGCGGUGCCGGUGCGCGGGGCUGUGCCGGUGCCGCUCCACGGGGCGGGGACGCGCGGUGCCGUAGCCGGUGCGUGGGGCGGAGCGGUGCCGGUGCCGCUCCACGGGGCGGUGCCGGUGCCGUGCGGUGCCGUAGCCAGUGCGCGGGGCGCCGCGCCCCCAUGAGCCGGUGAGGCGGCGGCGGUGCGGGAGGGAUGGCGGCAGGCGGCGGCGGCGGGGGGCGGCCGCCGGGCUCCGACCCCGCGCUGGAACCCUACGUGCAGACCCGCAUCUUCAAAAUCAUCGUGAUCGGAGACUCCAACGUGGGCAAGACGUGCCUGACCUUCCGCUUCUGCGGGGGCACCUUCCCCGGCAAGACCGAGGCCACCAUCGGCGUGGACUUCCGCGAGAAGACGGUGGAGAUCGAGGGGGAGCGCAUCAAGGUGCAGGUGUGGGACACGGCCGGCCAGGAGAGGUUUCGGAAGAGCAUGGUGGAGCACUACUACCGCAACGUGCACGCCGUGGUCUUCGUGUACGACGUGACAAAGAUGAGCUCCUUCACCAACCUCAAGACAUGGAUUGAGGAGUGCAAUGGGCACGCGGUGUCCCCGCUCGUCCCCAGGGUGCUUGUGGGGAACAAGUGUGACUUGAAGGACCUGAUCCAGGUGCCGUCCAGCCUGGCCCUCAAGUUCGCCGACGCUCACAACAUGCUUUUGUUUGAGACCUCGGCCAAGGACCCGCAGGAGAGCCAGAACGUGGACGCCAUUUUCAUGUGCCUGGCCUGCCGGCUGAAGGCGCAGCGCUCGCUGCCCUGCCGGGACGCCGAGGGCUGGCCGGGGCAGCCCCAGCCGCAGUCCCGCCGGCUGGACGAGGCCAGCGGGAAAGGCUCCUGCCCGUGCUGAACGGGACCUGGCCCGGACCCCAAUAAAGGCUCUGAGCCCCCUG